AUCAUUUAUAUACUAUUGUCGAUAUACUAUUAUUUGUGAUUGACAUUAGUCAAAAUUAGAAAUAUUUGUGCUACAUAUUUUUUAAAGCAAUUAUUUGUGAAAAAUGUCAAUUGAAAUCGAAUCUGCAGAGAAGAAACAGGAGUAUCGCUGAAUACAGUAGAUAGUGUAGAUGGUUUUGUAGCAGAUAUAAAUAAUGGACAUUGGGAUACAGUAUUAAAAGCAAUACAAUCAUUAAAAUUACCAGAUAAAAAAUUAAUUGACCUAUAUGAACAGGUUGUCUUAGAAUUAAUCGAACUAAGAGAAUUAGGAGCAGCUAGAUCAUUACUGAGACAAACGGAUCCAAUGAUCAUGAUGAAACAACAAGAACCUGAAAGAUAUAUACAUCUAGAAAAUUUACUUGCCCGAUCAUAUUUUGAUCCACGGGAAGCAUAUCCUGAUGGAAGCACAAAAGAAAAACGAAGAGCAUACAUAGCUACAGCUCUUGCCGGUGAAGUAUCAGUUGUACCAUCAAGUAGAUUACUUGCAUUAUUAGGACAAGCAUUAAAAUGGCAACAACAUCAAGGUUUACUUCCACCUGGUACUACAAUAGAUUUGUUUAGAGGAAAAGCAGCAGUGAGAGAUCAAGAAGAUGAAAAAUACCCUACACAACUUUCAAAACAAAUAAAAUUUGGUCAAAAAUCUCAUGUAGAAUGCGCACGUUUUUCACCAGAUGGUCAAUAUUUGGUUACUGGUUCUGUUGAUGGAUUUAUUGAAGUAUGGAAUUUUACAACCGGUAAAAUCAGGAAAGAUUUAAAAUAUCAAGCUCAAGAUAAUUUUAUGAUGAUGGAACAAGCAGUAUUAUCAAUGGCUUUUAGUCGUGAUAGUGAAAUGUUAGCUGGUGGUGGACAAGAUGGUAAAAUAAAAGUGUGGAGAGUUCAAAGUGGGCAAUGCCUAAGAAGAUUUGAAAAAGCACAUUCGAAAGGUGUUACGUGUCUUCAAUUUAGUAGAGAUAACAGUCAAAUUUUAUCUGCAUCAUUUGAUACUACUAUAAGGAUACACGGACUUAAAUCUGGAAAAACUUUGAAGGAAUUUCGAGGACAUGCUUCUUUUGUAAAUGAAGUAGUUUUUGCACCAGACGGACAUAAUACAAUAAGUGCAUCGUCAGAUGGAACUGUAAAAGUUUGGAGUUUAAAAACAACAGAAUGUAUAGGAGCUGCGGAUUUAACUGUCAAUAGCAUACAUGCUCUUCCUCGAAAUCCAGAACAUUUUGUUGUGUGUAAUCGUUCAAAUACAGUUGUAAUUAUGAAUAUGCAAGGACAAAUAGUGAGAUCAUUCUCUAGUGGAAAACGAGAAGGAGGUGAUUUUGUAUGUACUGUUGUAAGUCCACGUGGUGAAUUUAUUUACUGUGUCGGUGAAGAUCUUGUGCUUUAUUGUUUUUCUACAUCAUCAGGAAAACUUGAAAGAACACUCAAUGCAAACACUUUUUUUAUUACAUUGAAUGAUAUUAUUAUUUCCACAUUACAGAUACAUGAGAAAGAUGUUAUAGGUUUAACGCAUCAUCCACACCAAAAUCUUUUAUGUUCUUAUAGUGAAGACGGUCUUUUAAAAUUAUGGAAACCGUAAGAUUAAAUGUAUAUUAAUUAAAAUAUUUCUUCCUAAAUAAUCCCAGCGUUUUAUUUUGUUAUAUGAUUCUUGUGCAUCCUUUAAUUCUCAAUUUCAUAAAAUACAUAAGACGUUCAUUUUUCUAAGGUUAGCUUCAUUAUGUAAAUUUUAUACUAUGAUGCAAUAAUAAAAAUAUAUACAUACAAUACAAUAGUUUUUAUUUUAUUGUUUAUAAUAAAAUAUUAAAUAUUCGUCUAUUUAAUACAUGACUCUCAAACUUGAAUUGUAUCUAAUUUUUUUAAAUGAAUUAGCUAGGAACUAAUGUAAAAGCAUUUUUCUCAGAAAAUUACUUCGUAAUAUAUAUUUUAAAAAUUAUCAUUCUUUUUGUAAUAAAUGCUUUGUUCAUAGACAUCAAUUGUCAAAAUAUAAAGAAAAACAUACUCUUAGAUAUUUUAAAUUUUCGUUCUUUCAUAUAAUAAAUUAAAAACAAUUUAUUCGAGCAUAUUCGAGGUUGAUUAGUUCGUUGAUUAAUUAUUAUUAAAUUGAUCAAUUAUUGAUCAUAUCUGUAUAUAUAUAUAUAUCAUAUAUAUAUAUCGACAAUUAAGACCCGAUGAUAACGAGACCUGA